AUGCCGCUUUGUACUGCAACUUCUCGGGCUCUGCAACUCAAAAUGCCCACCACGUCAUCAACAUCGCGAUCGAGUCGCACCGCGCCGAGUUCAUUCAGCGAUGCCGGCUCUGUAAAUGCUGAUGCCGGCUCUACCACCAACACCAAAACAAAAGUCAAGGCUACCGUUCUCUACGAUGACGCCGACGCCGACGAACUCGAGCCACUUGUCGACCUCACACAAACCAUUCCACUGCACUCGAAAAAGACGGACCGAAAGCAAAAGAGACGCGAAAAGAAAGAAGCGAAACGGGCGUCGACGGUGCCGCCCAGAGGCAUGCUCGACCUCCCCUACGAGCUCCUCUACGAUAUUAUAACCCUCCUCGAACCCAGAGAACUCUUUGUCCUCUGCCGCGUGAACAAGUCGCUUCGAAACUUCAUCCUGUCCCAAGAACACCUCAUCACCCGCGAUAUCAUAGCAUGGCGCUACCCCUCCCUCUCCAAAUGCUUCCGCCUUCCUGUCUUGGCCACGGAUCUCGACGAAAACGCCCACCGCGCACUCAACGAAGCCUAUGGCGAUGCGCUCAGCCCUAGACGAGUCAAUGCGAACUAUAAACACGUUCAAUCCCCUGACCCGUCCCUCGUCUGCUUCUGCUACACCUGUCGUCUUCGCUGGAUCUUUCUUUGCAUUAUUGUCGACUUCGCCCACUGGCAAGAUGAUCUGGACAAUGGCGUACAAAUUCCCAUGAUCCCUCGUGGUGCCGACCCAGAUUGGAACAAGAAACUGGUCGCAGAGCACGCCCAAGUGGUUGUCAAGGCCCUUCACAGUCAGCUGUGGUAUGGGAGGCUGCUGCAAGCGCAUUUGACGUCCAUCACCCGGUCCAUUCGCCGAAACACUGCCAAUCAAGGCAACAGACGAUCUCGCUUCCGCAUGACGCCCUCCGAUGUCGCCAGCGGUACCGACGCCUUUCUCGACCGAAGCGGUCCUCCCACGGUCGACUUCCCCUACAAUCGCGACAACUAUGAUAUGCUCGAGGCAUUCAUGCCAUCGCGAAGUUGGAUCAAGGAUGACCAGAAAUGGGUCUAUGUUCCUGCUGAUCAACACGAACGAGAACUUCGCCUGCUUGAGCGUCAGAGACAAGAGGCGCCGCCACCGACUGCGGCCGUGUCCCAAACACCUGGCGCAUCUGUGCCGAGGUCAAUGAUCUUCUAA